CAGAGGGAGGAGCAGCUGCAGCUCACACUCUCAGCAACUACACACCCGCACAAACUUAUUAAAACUCAGUAAAAAGGAACAACAAAAACAACAAAAAGCUAUUUAUCUGCGGUGUUGAUCGGGCUGGUGUCCUGUAAGGAUAUGCUGGGCGUGGCAGAAAUGACGGGCAGCAUUGCUAAUGCUCUGGCCAGCGCAGCCUGUGAGCGAUGCAAGAGUGGCUUUGCUCCGACUGAGAAGAUUGUCAACAGUAAUGGAGAACUGUACCACGAGCACUGCUUUGUGUGCAGCCAGUGUUUCCAACAGUUUCCUGAAGGACUCUUCUAUGAGUUUGAAGGAAGAAAAUAUUGUGAACAUGACUUCCAGAUGCUGUUUGCGCCAUGCUGUCACCAAUGUGGGGAGUUCAUAAUUGGUCGCGUAAUUAAAGCCAUGAACUAUAGCUGGCACCCUGACUGUUUCUGCUGCGAUAUUUGCCAGGCUGUGCUUGCAGACGUGGGAUUUGUGAAAAAUGCUGGCAGACAUCUGUGUCGCCCGUGCCAUACCCGUGAGAAAGCUCGUGGCCUGGGCAAGUACAUCUGCCAGAAAUGCCAUGCUAUUAUUGAAGAGCAGCCACUUAUCUUUAAGAGUGACCCUUAUCACCCAGACCAUUUCAACUGCAACAACUGUGGGAAGGAGCUGACAGCCGAUGCGCGAGAACUGAAGGGAGAGCUCUUCUGUCUGCCUUGCCAUGACAAAAUGGGAGUCCCGAUCUGUGGUGCCUGCAGGAGACCGAUCGAGGGUCGCGUGGUCAACGCCAUGGGCAAGCAGUGGCAUGUAGAGCAUUUUGUAUGUGCCAAGUGUGAGAAGCCUUUCCUUGGUCAUCGCCAUUAUGAGAGAAAGGGGUUGGCUUACUGUGAGACUCAUUACAACCAGCUCUUUGGUGAUGUGUGCUAUCUCUGCAACCGUGUGAUUGAAGGCGAUGUUGUGUCUGCUCUCAACAAGGCCUGGUGUGUCAGUUGUUUCUCAUGCUCCACCUGCAACACCAAGCUCACUCUCAAAAACAAGUUUGUAGAGUUUGACAUGAAGCCUGUUUGUAAAAAGUGUUAUGAGAAGUUUCCUCUUGAACUCAAGAAACGGCUCAAGAAGUUGGCAGAGUCACUGGGACGUAAGUGAGGUGCCUUCAGGACAAAACGUUGAGAUCUUAUCUUAUCUUCAUUUAGAGUAAUCAAUAGCAUGAACUCUUUUGAAAAGAUUAUUCAACCCUGACAUUAAUACAUCAAUACUGAAAAUACAAAUAUAAAUGUAUGCAACUGUGGUCUUCUCAUAAGUAUUACAUUAUACAUUUUUUAAUUUCUUCUUUUAAUAUGCAGCUAUUUCUUUAUUGUCACUGUUUAUUUUUAAAAAUCCAUUCCUGAAUUGUGUGGCAUUUAAGCUGGUCAGCUAUUAUAUGUAAAAUGUCAAUUUGAAAAGAUUGUUUGCGUCUUUAACUAAACUUGUGCCUCAAAUUAUAACUGAUUAAAUCCAAAUAAUUAAAAUCUGAUUUGCAUAAACUUAACGACUGACAGCAUAAUUUAGACUUUUAAACUUAAUCUUUGAUACCUCACUAAAUACAUCUGCUCUUUUUUUUUUAAAGAUAUUAUAAUGGUGCUUCUUUUUUCAAACGUAAAAAUCGCUCAAAACCUGUAAAACGUGUGUUUUUAUUUUUAUUUUUUUUUAACCCUUAACAAGUCUCAUUUGCACAUAUUUUGUGUAAUUCAAUGAAUCCUACAAGUCUAUUAUUUUUAAAACUCAGUUCUUGUUUCCUUAAUAUAAAUGAGCAUAAUAAGAUGGGUGGAAUUUAAUUCAUCUAAAUACUUGAUACAAAUGCCCCCCUUAUUUAGGAGAGAUUAUGGUAGAGGGUUUAACAUUGUGCUGAAGGUCACACGAUAUUUCUCAGUAGUCUGUUCAUAUUCAAUGUUGGGUAUGCUUUCUGGGGGUGUGAUAAUGUUAUAUUACUGUGUUUUGUGAAAUAUCUUUGUUUUUGUUUUUGUUUUUUUUAAAUCCAAACAUUUUCAAAUUUCCAAGGAAAAAAUUGAAAGGAAUGUUGCCUGAAUUAAUUUCCAGCUGUUCAUUUAAUGUGUCAUUUGAUGUGAAAAUGUCGAGUCGGUGCACUGCUUGGCUUGUUUGUAAAAAUGCAAUAUGUGUUUUGAAAUGAUAACAAGUGCCACACAACUAGAUUUGCAAGUGUUUUCUAUUAUUAUGGUGUAGUUUUUCAUUUAGCAUUUUAUUGUUUUGUGGGAAAUGGAGAAUUACAGUUUAAUUCACCUCAUGGGUGUUGGGUUUCUUUCGAAUUCAAUAAAAUAAUCCUGAACAGAUUUCUGUAAAGGGUUCAUACGCAACACCAAA